AUGAAUCAAACAAACGUUGGUCUUUUUGAUUUACCUAAUGAAAUAUUACUUAUCAUUUUAAAAAAGCUCGAUAAUAUGGAUGUUCUUUAUUCAUUGUUGGAUGUUGAUAAUCAACGACUUGACAUUCUAGCACAAGAAAAUACUUUCACUAAUACUCUCAAUUUUGUAUUAACAACAUUAACUAAUGAUAUUUUCACCCUCACACCUACAAUAAUUAAUCGAUUUUGCACAUAUAUUUUGCCAAGAAUUCAUCACAAUGUUAAAUCUCUUAUUCUUGAUUCAGUAUCUAUGGAACGUAUUCUUCUUGCUGCUGAUUAUCCUAAUUUAACUGAACUUAAACUGUUUAAUUUUAAUGGUAAAAUUGUUUCAUAUUGUUUUACAGAUGCAUCACCAUAUGGACGUAUUUUUCAACGACAAAUUACAGAUCUUAUUCUUGUAUUCGAAAAAUAUUUUAAUGACAUAUCAGGAAAAAAUUAUACAACAGAUGUGUAUGAAUAUAUUUUGAAAUCCUUCGAAAAUCUAAAACAUUUAUCUAUUAUUGGAUCAUAUAUUCAAGACAUUCCACCUUUGGUACUUUGUAAUUUACCUUUAACUACCUUCUUCUCUUCAACUCUUAACAAAUUAUGUAUUCGUGUGGGAAGUUUUGAAGAUUGUCUUGCUUUACUUGAUGGUCGUCUUAAAAAACUAACAACCUUAAUUGUUGUUAUUAAUGAUAUGGAAUAUGAUUCAUCAAAUGUUUACAAUACAGAUGAUCUACCUAAUUUAAAAUGUUUUUCUUUAACAACAUCUUUUUGCUUAACUGAUACAUAUGAUGCUCAAAUUCCACGUCUUUUUCGUCGUAUGUCAAAUCUUGAAGAAUUAACUUUGUACAUAACUAUCGAGGACCGAACUACAUUUAUCGAUGGUACCGAUAUUUAUAAUGAAAUUCUUGUUCAUAUGCCACGACUUCAUUUAUUUAACUUUUGUAUUUGUACCGACACUAAAAAGGAUCUUUUAGCUCAUCAUUUAUCUAAAGAUGAUAUUCAACAAACUCUUAGUAACAUAAAAUAUCAACAAAUGGAUUGUAUUGUAAACUACCGAUAUUCUACUGCCAUAUGUUAUGUCUUUUCAUUACCAUUCAUGUUUGAAAUUCUCAGAUUUAUUGGUAAUACAUUUCCAACUAUUGUUUUCAGUCAUGUUAGAAGUUUAUCGGUGAAAGAUGAUGUUCCAUUCAAAGAUGAAUUUUUCUGUCGAAUUGCUUGGUCUUUUCCUUUACUUGAAAAAUUAUGUGUUAUUAAUAUUAUACCACAAUCAUCAAUAUCAGAUAAACAGACGUCUAAUGAUAAUCAAUUGCAUUCAAUUGUUAAAUAUCCUUAUCUUAUUUCGCUUCGUCUUCUGAAUGUUCAUAUUGAUUAUGUCGAGCAAUUUUUCAAUGAGACAAAAACACAUCUACCUCGUCUAACCAAAUUAACAGUCAAUUAUAGUCAAUUAAAAAUUGUCACAAAAAAAUUUAAAAGAGAUACAACACGACUUAAUUGUAUCCAACAACAACAACAACAAUUUGAAACAGAAGAACAAGAAGAAAAUCAAUCAAGUGAAAAUUGGGAUUCGUGGUUCCAACAACAUCAAUCAUCUUUGCUUCUUCCAUUUUCUCAACAUCAACGUUAUUUUCUUGAUCAUUCUCAUCUUACAUCAAUGCCUAAACGUCCAAGAGAAUCUUCAUCACCUAUUCAUAUAUCAAAUAAACGCGAAAAAUAUUCACUGUUCGAAACUAAUCUUCCAAAACGCACAUGGAUCAAUACAAACUAUGAAGAACGUUUAAUUAGAAGUCGUUAUUAUCAUUUUAAUUUUCAUAUAAUGAGCUAUAAUAUUCUUGCUCAAAGAUUAAUUGAAGAUAAUCCAUCUUUAUACGAUAAUUGUCUAGAAAGUAAUCUUGAAUGGCAUCGACGAAAAGAACGUUUAUUAAGGGAAAUAUUAAAACAAGACGCUGAUAUUAUUUGUUUACAAGAAAUGCAAAAAGAUCAUUAUAAACACGAUUUUCGACCAAAAAUGGUUGAUCAUGGAUAUAAUUCAAUUUAUAUAAAACGUUCUGGUGAUAAAUCAGAUGGAUGUUGUCUAUUUUAUAAAACGGACCGACUAAAAUUAAUCGCCAGUAAAACAGUACCAUUCUAUCAGAAGAAUAUUCAAUUAUUAGACAGAGACAACUGUGGUUUAAUUGCUCUAUUUCAACCAAUUACACCAAAUGCUACAUCAGACGAUUUAUUUUGUGUUGCUACAACUCAUCUACUCUUUUCACCAAAACGUGGUGAUAUCAAAUUAGCUCAAAUACAAUAUUUUCUUGCUGAAAUCGAUCAAUUAUCAGUUAAAGAUUCUACUUUAAAUUCUUAUUAUCCCAUUAUUGUCUGUGGAGAUUUUAAUGCACAACCUCAAUCUCCACUUUCAAAAUUUCUAAUCAAUGGGCAUAUUAAAUAUGAUACAUAUCGUUGUAUUGAAAUCUCUGGUCAAAUUCCACAAUCAAUUGUUAAUAAUCGUUUUUCUUUUCAACUUCCAUCAAAUGAACUUCUACCAUCAUCAUUUGUGACUUCUGAUUGUCGUUUUCCAAAAGAGAUUUCAUCAAACAAAAAAGAUCAACUUAUUUUUCAAACAUAUAUGAAUCGAACAUCAUCAGCGAUAUUAACACAUAAUAAAAAAUUUAAUUCAGUUUAUGAUUUAAAUGAUUUAUCCGAAGUCACAACAUGUAUUGGUAAUGAAUCAAAUUUAGUUGAUUAUAUAUUUUAUACAAAAAAGGAUAAUGAUCGACAUAGAUUAAAUUUAUUAAGUCGAUAUGAUUUAUAUCAACAAAAUCAAUUGUUAAAUCUUCAUUUACCAAAUCAUCAAUUUGCAUCGGACCAUUUUUUGUUAGCAGCUAAAUUUGCUUUAAAAUUGAAAAAGAAAAAAAAAUAA